AUGUCAGACUUUCCUCCUCCACCAGUCGACACCAUUGACUGGAGUAACGUGGGUUUCAAGAUCCGGGAAGUCGCUGGCCAUGUUGAAUCACACUACUCUAAGGAGACCGGAAAAUGGACCCCUCCAGUCUUCGUCGAAGACCCAUUCCUACGAAUCCACGGUAUGGCACCGGGCCUGAAUUACGGAAUGCAGUGCUACGAGGGCAUGAAGGCUUUCCGUGCACCAAACAACACUAUCAACAUCUUCAGGCCCAGCAAAAACGCCGAGAGGAUGCAGCACUCAGCGUCUUUCAUUUCUAUUCCUGAGGUUCCGACAGACCAUUUCCUCGCCUGCUGCAGUAUGGCCGUGGGAAUGAACGCGGCGUACGUACCGCCACAUGAAACAGGCGCCGCAAUGUACAUCCGACCACUGCUUUUCGGUAGCUCGGCGCAACUGGGCCUGAAUCCACCCCAGGAGUACACCUUUGUAGUCUACUGCAUCCCAACUGGUGUUUACCAUGGCUCAAACCCAGUAGAUGCGGUUAUUCUUGAGGACUUUGACCGCGCCGCGCCAGAGGGCACUGGAUCGGCAAAGGUCGGCGGCAACUAUGCUCCAGUAUUACGGCAUAGCGAGAAGGCGUACAAGGCAGGCUAUGGUAUUACCCUGCAUUUGGACAGCAAGACUAGGAGCGUUGUUGAUGAGUUCUCGACAUCUGCUUUCAUUGGCGUAAAGAAGGACGGCGACAAGGUCAAACUCGUCGCAUCCAACAGCAAGAACGUCAUCCAGAGUGUCACAGGAGACAGUGUUCUCAGGAUCGCAGAAUCCUUUGGCUGGGAAGCUGAGUCUCGAGAGAUCGCCUAUGACGAACUCAAGUCCUUUGACGAGGUCCUUGCUGCUGGAACCGCGGCGGCUCUUGUACCUAUCAAAUCCAUUACUCUGCCUUCCAAGGACGACAAGUUCACAUACGCAGAGGCACAACAAGAACCAGGCCCAGCGUGCAAGAAGCUCCUGUCGACCUUGAAGGGUAUUCAGCAAGGAAAAAUCGAGGACAAGCAGGGCUGGCUGUUCAAGGUACAGAGGCCAGAGCAGUUCGGAAAGCAAGAUCAGGCAAAUGGUGCCAAGAUAGUUGGACAACUGCCUUAG